AUGUCGGAUAAAUUUAGUAUCAAUGAAAUACUCAAAUCAAACUGUGAUAAACAUUUCACACCAACAGAUAUAAAUAAAUCUGAAGAAAUGACACUAAACAUGACAACUGUUACAUUAUCAAAUUCAAAUAAUCACGAUUCAAAUUUCAAUAAUAAUCAUUUUAGUUCAUCAUCAUUAAUGAUGUCAAACAAUUCACGUUUCAUUCAUUCGUUGAAUUCAUCUGCUUUGAAAGAGUUUACAAUAGAUUCUAGCAUAAAACAAGCAUUUCAGUCGAUAACAACAACAACAACAACAACAGGUGAUGAUAAUUAUGAAAAUAUUCAACAAAUUUUCAAUUCUAUACAAUUUAAACGAUUUAUAAACAUAUUAAAGUCAUUUAAAUACCCCACCACUGGUAAUCAUUUCCUUAAUGAAGCAAUUACAAGAUAUAUAAAAGAAUAUAAUCUAACGAAUCCGGUAAUUAUGAAAUAUUUAACACAUGUAUUAUUUACAAAUAAUCCAAAAGAUAUUUUAAAUCAAUUAUCCAAAGAUAAUAUUAUUGGUAAUAUGUCUUUGAUAAUUACAAGCGGUAGUGAACUGUUAGCCUCUAAAAUACAAUGA